AUGACUGACAAAUUCAAAAUGAAAGGCUACAAGGACAAAACUCUUGAUGAUGCGAUGAUGAAAAUAUCCCAAAAACCAAGAGAGGAACUGCUCAAAACUAAACCAAAGAAGAAAAACAAUGUGACAAUCAUUUGCACGAAGUAUACCAAGUGUUCUGAGAAAAUUAAAGCAAUCAUGAAAAAACACUGGCAUAUUCUGCAAGCGUAGUGGCAAUAUUGGGGACAGCCUAGAUCUGACCUGUCACCUGAGCCCACUCAGACACUCCUGGCACCCAUUUCAAAUGGGAAUUACAAAUGUGGCUCACAGCACAGUGCAACAGAACUACGAAAACAUCCUUCUUCAGACACCCACACACAGGCUGAAAAAUUAUUUAUAGGGGUGUCAUCACAUGAAAGACGAAGGGAUUAAUCUAUCUCAUCACCUGUCCAUGUGGGGAAGCCUAUGUAGAACAAACGAAAAGACAAUUAAACAGUGGGGGAAAAAGUAUCCAAUUGUCAUACUUCAGUAAAUGUAUAGAUACCUUAAUAGAAAUUUACUCAAGUAAAAUACUACUCGAGUAAAAGUCUAAAAGUAUUUGGUUUUAAAUAUACUUUCAAAAGUAAAAGUAUAAACAAUUUAAAAUUCCUUAUAUUAAGCAAAGCAGACGGCACCAUUUUCUUGUUUUAAAAAUGGAUAGCCAGGGGCACACUCCAACACUCAGACAUUAUUUACAAAAGAUGCAUUUGUGUUUAGUGAGUCCGCCAGACCAGAGGCAGUAGGGAUGACCACGUGUUCUCUUGAUAAGUGCUUGAAUUUGACAAUUUUCCUGUCCUGCUAAGCUUUCAAAAUGUAACGAGUACUUUCGGUUGUCAGGGAAAAUGUAUGGAGUAAAAAGUACAAUAUUUUCUUUAGGAAUGUAGUGAAGUAAAAGUAAAAGUUGUCAAAAAUAUAAAUAGUAAAGUAAAGUACAGACACCCAAAAAAACGACUUAAGUAUUUUUACUUAAGUACUUUACACCACUGCAAUUAAAACAAUGCAUAGUUGAACACCACAGCUCAAUCAGGUGUAAGAACUGAUUACCCAGUAGCAGCUCACUUUGUUGAAGGUAACCAUCCCAUUUCCUCCCACAAAUACAUAGAUAUCGAGCAUGUUACUCUACCAAGGAGAGGAGGUACAUUGAGACCCUACUAGAGGGAGGCCUACUGGAUCUCCUAUCUAAAAACACUGACCCCUAG